UCUCUUCAGCUGUUCUUGUGAGAAGCCUUGAGAAGGUCUGCUCCAAAGUUAUCCUUGCCAGAGUCAGCUCCCUCCUCCAGCGGCAUCGUUAUGAAAUGGCCCAGGAAACUCAGGGCGUUCCUCCUCGCAGUACCCUCAUCAUCCCACUUCCACCAGGCCUGUAAGAAGAGAAAUGGCCAUGCAGGUUGAGGUCAGCUCCGCCCUGACCUCCCUGGCCGGGAUAAGCGAGCCGAGGAAUGAAGUGACGCUCCGGCACCCCUUUCUCAGCUCGCUGUGCAACACAAGCCAGAAGCCCAGGGAGGACCCCGGUUCCCUGGCCCUGCCGAUUCUGGAGGGCGGGAACAAGCUGGGGGGUCCCACAAGGCCCGCUACCAUGCCCUCCGUCCCGUCAAGGCUGCGCUUGACCCCCAAGCCCUUCUCCCGGGAGACGUCUUCCGACACUUUCGCUGCGGUGAAGCCACCUGUCCUGGGACUCGAGCCCAGCGGCGGCGUCACUCCAGAGCCCCCCACCUUUGCCCAGACCUCCGAAGGUGCCACUAAGGGAUUAGCUGGAAACAUCCCACUGCUGCUCGAUCAGAAAUCGCUGGAGAGCAAAAGCCGUGGGGAGCUCGUUGCCAGCGUGCCCUUUUACUUGAGUCCCCAGGCCAACACCGUCAUCCUCUUUGAAGGCAGGAGCCCUGAGAGGGAGAGGCCUGAAGACGAAGAAAGUCCUUUGAAGGCCCAGGAGGGGCAGCUUCUAUCCUCCCCAGCAGAGAGGGGGUUCAGAAGGCAGCCCUUGCUCCCCUCGAAUCCCAGGCCAGUCUCCUGGAGCCCUCACAGAUCUCUGGAGAGGCAGGAGACCUUUUUGGGUGCCCCUAAGGGUUCAGCUGGCAGCGUUGGACUGCAGCAGCAGCGCCCUCGUCUGGCCGCUGAGAUGCACUCUCGGGCAUACGGGAGGCCAGCAUCGUCGUCUAUCUUUCUGGAAUUGUACCAGGAACACAUGCAGCCGGCUCCUCCUGAGGCUGCUUCCAGGUUAUGGGUCCAAAAACCAAGGACGCUCUCCACAGAUCUCACGGGCAGAUUUGAAAACCGAGAGCUUUCCUUGCAGAAGAAACUUUAUCUGGCCGAAAGUGGAGAGAAGAGCUUUGUUGCAGCCAGCGGCCGGCCCCUGGGGCCCAUGGGAGCACAGAGAGAAGCAGCAGGCUUAAGCAUAGCUGACCCUCGACCCAGAGUGGAGGGUGCCGGUCAGCCGGCGGAGUCUCUGUGUGCGAGAGGCAAAGUCUCUACCCAAAGCCAUUUGCCCACUGCGGGCAGAGCAGCUCCCCUCGGCCAGACCACUCUGGAAGACUCGUGGGAGAUCUCUGCCCAGGACAGGAAGGAUCCGUGGGGGCUCGAAAGCCAGGGGAAACCCAGUGUGGGGCAGUGUGAUGCUAGCCAAGGCCAGGCUUUGGCGGAGAGGGUGGAGCCCACUGCCAAGGAGACUGGCUUAAGGAAUGCCCGCCCUCCUGAUACCUUUAACAGAGGCUGCGUUAAAAAGACUUUCGCGCUUCUAGACACAUCGGCAAACGGUUGGACUCCUGUUGAGACCGACUCUCUCCUAGACUGCCAUGGAAAAGAGAACCGGAUAUUGAAUAUCCAACAGAGAAUUAAAGAACUGACAGCAGAGAAUACCGAUUUCAAGCCAGAAAAUUUGCGCCGCUCCUUCCGGUCACGGCCUCUUUCCACGGAUUUGACAAAGGUGUUUUCUGGCCCUGUGACAGUGAGUGAUAUGAAGCCCAAGAGGCAGCAUGAAUGGAACAGGAAGUCUGUUGGCGAAAUACAAGACACUCAGGAGGACGAGACACUGCCUGUGCGUGGAACAGAUUCUAGUGAAGCCACUGUGGUUGGCAGUCCAUGGAGGCCCUCACUGCUGGCCAAAACACUGUCCAUGGAAGGACCCCCAGGGGGAGAGGGCAGCUUUGCCAAAGGCGGGCAGAAUGUCUCUUUGCCAGGAGAAUGUCCUGGCCUGGUCUUCAGUCCGAAGACAAAAACAGUCCUCGACUCUCCCGCCGAAGAUGCCUGCCUUAAAACAGUCAGAGCCACCAUGUUUGAACAUCAUGUGCAAAGACACAGUGUGGUUGCCAACCACCUGAGAGCUGAACCCUCAUUGCUGUCACUGACGGAGUCCUUUGGAGAGUCGCUCUCCCAUGGUCAGGAACUCUGGAAGGAGAGAGUGUUGGGCGUUGGGCAGUCUACGAAAGGCCCCACCCAGGAGGCUGAAGCAUCAGGGGAUGCUGGAACACCCAAAGAUCCCAGACCUUUAACCAAGGAUCGCGGCUCUCUGGCCGUAGCAUGGGCAGAAGGCUCCGUGAAGGAGCAGUGCGAGAAACCUGCUUCAAAGGGCAAAGUGGAGGAUCCUCUGCUGUACCAAAGGAUCGAGCCCAGGUAUGAAAUUCUGCAGAAGGUGGGGGAAAGGGUACAAAGCAAGGCUGUUACGGCUAUCCCCAAAGGGAAGGCCCUUGCUCUCCACCGUGAGAGGUCUCUGAAGGAGAGCUGGCGAGCCAGCGGGGAUGCCGAGGGUAAGAGCGAUGGCUGGACAGGGGAUCCGCAACCAGAAGGCCCUGCCCUGGGAACCAAGCUGUGGAAAGACCUUCCUGCCUCCUGGACCCAGCGUCCUUUCCACAGAGGAGGGACUGGGCUGGACAGAUAUCAGGCUGGACAGCAGCUGGCCUCUGAGAAGGCAGCGCUGUUCACCAGCAGGACGAAGGAUGACGGUGUCUUUGCGCCGUCAUUAGAAACCGCAAAAGAGAAGAAGCUCGCUCCUGCUGGUGCGGUGGAGGGAUCUGCAGCGCUGGCCCGCUUCCCUGAGGGGGCUGGAACUGGGGCGCGCGAGGCAGAUGGCUGCGAAAGCAGGGCUGGCGUGCUCCGCCAGAAGACCCCUCCCUCCCUUGCUGGUGGGCACAACAGCCCGGUUUCUCCGCCCGGGACCAGCCGGUGGCAGAGGGUCAGCUGCCCAGGGCUCCUCUCAAGCCUGGACCUGAAGCCACCUUAUGAGCCGGAGGAGCCCAAAGGACAAAAGAUGCGCUUGGCCCCCUGGGGAGCCUCAGGAAGGUUGGACGGCGUAACAGAAGGAGACCGCUUGCAGCAGCCUGACACAGAAGUGAGGUGGCAGAGCAGCUUCCGUAACGUUUCUGCCCCGAAAGUUUCAGACCGGUGGCGAAGGAAAACUCUGCCCCACAGCACUGCCGGGUUUGAGGACAUCAAGGAGCCCUCUCACAGCACGAUGGAAUUAGCAAGUAGAAGGGAUGCCUUGCAUCUUCUGGAUUGCUCAAUUGCAGAGAGAAGCCCCCAGACCCAAUACAGAACGGAUCCGAGGCAGGCGGAGGUCACCUCUCCCAGCCGCCUUCAGAAGCAGCUCUCCACGUCAGCGCCCAAGGCCACGUAUUUUGCAGUUACUUGCCAGAUUUUGGAGGAAAUCAAUAACAAGCCCGGAAGAGAUGCGGCUGUGGCUCCUCGUUGGAGCAGCUCCAGAAGAGCUGAUCCCUCCAAUUACCAGCACGGGGAGUGCCUCUUAGAGACAGCGAGCCCCCCGGACAGGCCUCUUAGCAAGCGCAGGGGAGAGGGGGGGGCCUCGGACCUUCUGGAGAAAGGGGUUUCUGAGUGUCCACUGGCCGAGGCAAGUGAGCAGGCCCGGGAGCAGCUCCAGAGGCAGCUGGAGGAGGCUGAAAGGCAUCUGGCUGGAGCCAGUCUGUCCCUCUGCCCUGUGGCACGGUCUCCUUCCUGCUUGGGGCCUCUCCAGCGGGACAGCCGGCCGGUCCUGCAAAAGAGAUACGGCGCAGCUGGUCUUGGUGGAGCUGAGGAGAAGGCAGCUGAUCACUACAGAUCGAGAGUGGUUGAUAUUGAUGAGCUGAUGGCGGAAUAUGGGGGGGAGUCUCCGAAGGUUUGUGGGGUGGAGGACCAGAAAGACAGCAGCUUAUUUCCUUGGGAGAAAUUGCCGUCCAGAAGGAGUUUUACAGGGAACCUUCCUUGCAGCUCUGAGCAGAGAGAGAUGGCAAGGGUGGAGCUCUCCUCAGGCAGCAGGAGGACAGGCAUGGAUGCCAGCAGUUGUGAGAACGGCCGGGUGUGUGGGAGCGAUCCACUGGAUGUCCGCACCCAGGAGUCCAGUCCUUUCAGGGCCAGAGAUGGGAAAUGCAACCCUCCCCACUGGGGCAGGCUGGACCUAGAAAAAACUAAGCGGUCUGUGGAGCCUGUGGGCCCAAGGACAGAGAUGUCCUUUUUUGAUGGCAAGGAGCAAGGAGAGGGCACCAGGCCAGGCCCCCCGAGUGCCAAGGAUGCCAGUCCCGGUCCCCGCCCUGUCCGCAUGGACUUGGGAGCGUUGUGGAAGGAAGCGAGCCCGAAGCAGUGGGCAGUCCUGGCCCCAGCUGGGGGAUGGUGCCCCAGCGGUGACUCAGGUGGCAACAUUGGGAGGAAAGCUGACAGCCAGGCUGGAAUCUGGGAGGACGACUCUCCUGCAGCGCAGAUGGGGAUGGAACGGAGCAGCGCCGCGCCGGACUUCAAGUGUUCCUCGGAAAAGGCUCAUCAGGCCCACGCAAGGCCCGGCAUACCUUUGAGAGCAAGGCUGGACCAGCACCGUAUCUGCCGGAGCUUCCCUCCCGAAAGGCCCGGGGCCUUGCUGAGCAGGGGAGGCCCAUCUCUGAGGGACUGCUGCUCCCAUGAAGGGGAAAGGGACCUCGAAAAAGAGAGCCUCCAAGAGGACCGCGAUGAAGCCAGGCAUUCUCCCUACCUCCUAACACAGCGGCGGAGCCACAGUUUCUACAGAGAAAGGAGGACUGAUCACUGGCUGGGGGACCACUUCAAGCAGUGCUUUGGCCAGCCAGCAGCGGAGGCCAGGGACACCGAUGUCCUUGUGCGAGAGGCCGACAGCCGGUACGGAACCUGGGAGGACCGGCGGCGCAGCAGAGACAGUUUUGUCCCGGAGUCUCCUUCCUCGGAAAGCAGCUCAGUCCCCGCCCAGAAGCCGUCCCCCAGCAGCCAGGCCUCCUUGUUCUCCUCUCAGACGGACCCGGCCUCCUCCAAGGAGCAGAGGAGCACCAGCCCGGAGGACUCCAGCCCGGAGGCGCAUUCCGUGGACGGGGCCAGCGCUUCUCCCCCGAGGGGGGCCUGCCCAGAUUUCUCCUUUCUGGAGCAAACGCCCCGGCUGGACUCGAGGGCCCUGAAGAGCCGGGCCCUGCUCGGCAAGAGGCGGCAGCAGCACCGGGCCCCCAUCUCCCACGUGCUCAGGAGGAGUGCUGGCGGAGAUGCCGAGUGGCCGCCAACGCCCUCCUCUGGAACAGGCAAAGCGGGCCACAGCUGGAUGUUCAGGGAUUCCACAGAGGAGAAGCCCACCCCCAGGGGAGGGGGGUCAGAGGAGGAAGAGGAGUCCCCGCCAGCAGAGAGGCCGCCCCCCUCCCAGCCACGGCUGCCACUGUUUCUUGGCCUGGACCCCUCCAUGCUCAAGGCGCAGCUCAGGAAAAGACACGAGUCAGAAGGGAGGGAGGAGGCCACCCCUGCGCCACUCUGCAAGUCGCCCAAGGUGCCCUUUCAGGCCGGGGUCUCCAGAGGAGGGGCUCUGAUGGCCGCCCCUGGGAAGGAAGAGAGGUUGGGGGAGCCGCCGCCCCGGUGGCUGAAGGAGCUGAAGUCCCGGAAGAAGCAGCAGGGCCGGCCCCAAGCCCCAUCUGAAGAGGACUCAGGUUGAAGCCGUGACCGGCCAGAAGAGGAUGCUGCCUUAACCGACCGCGCCCCUCUCCCCGCCCCGUGGCUUCCUCUGGCCUUGGCCGCUCUGCGCUCGGCGUCUUCCUCUGGGCCUCGCUUGCAGUGGAGAAGGCCCGGCCCCGCUGCCCUGCGCUGCCCAGGCUGCCCCGGAACACAACGCACCACUUUCCUGCUGGGGAGUCUGGACGAGAAGCUUCGACCUGUCAGGGAGGGAGACGCUUCCGCGAACGAGCUCUCCCUCUUUGCGGAGGGGAAGACAGAUCACACUUGCUGCCUGUGGAGGAGGAAGAGGGACUGGUUGCUUUUCAAGGAUCUGUUUUUGAUCGGCUGAACGCUUUGUGGAUUUGCUCUUUGGCCAGGGACAAUGUGAUUUGUUGUUGCUGUUGUUGUUGUUCAAGGAUCAAAGGAGAUUUUAUUGUACAAGUUUUGUUGGCUGUAGAGUAAUUGCUUCAAGGGUGAGCUAUCCUUUCCUAGGAGAGAGAAGGCAAUAAAGUCAGGCGGUCUCCUUUAAAAUGGCUGGAAAUCACCCAAGGAGGUUACUUUUUCAUUUACUUUAAAAAAAAAAAAAAAGCGGGAAGGGAGAAAAGGAAACUCAGCCUCAGUCGUGUGGAUAUCAGAUCAGUAGCAGAAUCGGGGGGUCUUUCUUUGCUGAAGAUUGCCCUGCAAAUAUUUUGGGAAGGGAGUGUGGCAUUCCAUGCCUGCCCUCCCAAGUGUCCAGGGGCAGAAGUGCGCCCCCCCGCCCCACUCUAAACUUGGGACUAUCGAUCAGCAAACGAAUGCGCCUCUCGAUGGCUGCCGUGGCCCCUGGGAACAGGGCAAAGGCUCGCGCCCUGCAAGUUCCAUCGUGGUCAGCCGGAGAAAUCCCAGAUCGGGCAGUUCCGUGGAUGUGUCCACAAGCGAGGGGGCUGGGAGACCCUCUGGUUCUGCCAGGGGGAGGGGAUCCCCACCUCUGCCCUUCGCCCCUUUGGAAGCACUUUUAGCAGCACAGCUACCUGUGCCAGGGCUGCCCGUUGUCCUGCCUGGGUGGCAAGGCUCCCCGGUCAGCCCACAGCCCCAGCCUCUGUGCCUCCACAGGCGCUGUGCUUAGACACUCGCAUUGCCUCCCCCCCACACAAGUGCUCUUCUCACAACAGCUCUGAUGUCAGAAAGGGUUCGGCCAGACACGCAUGGGCCUGGGGGGAGACCGCCAGCUGCCUCUGCACCCCCCCUGGUGCUGGCCCUGGACCAUGGGUUCCCUUUCUUCCCAGGCCUUGGCAGAGGGGUAGGCCCUCCUGCUCCCUAGGGCCUCCAGCCCCCGGGUGCCCUGCCCCUUGUUUGGGGGGCCCAGUUGGUCCUCCUCCCCUCCAUGCCUGGAAGCUGUGAGACCCGGUCUCCCCACCCAGGAACAGGAGAGGCUCCCACCCUCACACCCCUUGGAGGAGGAGUCCCUGCAUCCACAGCGUUUCCGAGGCUGGGACUCCUGGGAGAACUUGUCUGUAGAUAAAGCUGGGCAUGGAGGGCACUGUUGUUCUGCUCCUAGAAAUGCUUGGCCUUGAUCAGUCUGAUUAAAAACACGCUGUUCAGAGCAA